GAUAUAAUGCUGCCUAACAUACACUUCAACGGUUCAAUUUUUAUUUACAAGCUUUAACGGGGAGCAGCCACCUACAACUUAAUGAAGAAAAAGAGAACAAAGGAAUUCCCUCCUGAUGUGUACGGAUGCUUCGCGAGGACAAAAUACAUUAUUAUUAUUAUUAUUAUUACUGUUAUUUAAAGGGAACGGGGAUCGACUGUCGCUCCAUUUUUUCUUUUUUUCUUUGUAUGCCGUCAAUCGUAUGUGUGGUGUGUCCCCCUCCCCCACUCGUCUAUGCGCUGCCAGACUCUGUUGACCACGCCUGGCAGGCAGCAGCUUUGUCGCGCCCUUUUUCAUGAUGAAUGGACGCAUUCAGACACACACUCACACACACGUGCACGCAUACGCAUACGCAUGCGGGCGACAAGGCGACGCCCGCGAAAACAAACCACAAAAACAGCAGACUAACAGUUAUCAUAAUAGUAGGCAUCAGACUCUGUAGCGUCUCUCUCUCUCCCCUUCGUCCACGAGAUGAAAGGAAGAGAAGUAAUUCACGUCACUUCACACACACGCACACAACAGGAAACCAGCAACAAAGCAGCAGUCGUGUAUUCGGAUGAGGAGUACGAUACACCUUUCAAAAAAAAGAAGUAAACGGUUGAAAUCUCGAAGGAGAGGGUGUUGUGACACACACACACACACAUAUGUAUACAGGUGACAAUCUACACCAGAGUUAUGAAACGCAGUGUACACGGUUUUUUUUGCGCAGUGCAGCUGUGCCGCAUGAUGCAGCCCCCCCCCCCCUUCUUAGAAAAGCACGCCCCGCGCACAAUGAUCUUCGUAGACUCCUUUCCCUUCCUUCACCCUUCUCUCUUCUCCUUUUCUUCUGUCACCGCCUGCACGUCAUGCAAUGCAACCCCCUUAUUUUUUUCCCCUGUUCCCACGGCUCGCUGCUCACGCGAUCGAACGAGGGGGUGUGCGUGCUUUGGACGCACCUACACCCACACAACGAACACCUGCGGAGCGAGAGGUGACCAUUCAUUUCGGUUUACUACGCCAGCCUCAUAUCAUAUAUAUAUAUAUAUAUAUAUAUAAAGCGGCGUUUGCUCCUCAACGGACUCCAUCCCACCUCCUCACGACGAGAGAGAAAGCGGUUCGAAGUACAAGACCACAGCACCUACGGCAGCAUCACCAUCAUGGCUGCCAUACCGCACCCGGUCAACGAGGCAGGUCACCUCGUCAUCGGCGGUGUAGGCGCAAUGAACAUCGUCGCGCAGUUCCACACACCCGUCAUCGUGUACGACUUCGCCGACGUCCGCCGCCGUGCCCGCGCCUUCCGCGCUGCCUUCGACGCGGCGGGCGUGUCCUACCAAGUCGCGUACGCCUCGAAGGCGCUCUCCAUCCUCGCGAUGUACCAGGUCGUGCUGGAGGAGGACCUGUACGUGGACGUUGUAUCGGGUGGGGAGCUGUACACCGCCCUGCACGCCGGGGUCCCGCCAGCGCGAAUUCACUUUCACGGCAACAACAAGAGCGAUGCGGAGAUGCGAUACGCACUGGAGGCGCGGGUGGGCUGCUCCGUGGUGGACAACAUGCGGGAGGUGGCGCGGCUGCCGCAGCUGGCGGCGGAGGUCUUUGGUGCCGCGUCCACCGCACCACCAACAACAGAAGCAACAGGAUCCGCAGAGGCAUCGGCCACUGCUACUCCCCCAUCUCCGCUCGCGGCUGCCAACACGGUGGGGAUCAUUCCAUCCUCCGCCGCCGUCUCCGCGCUCCCCUCCCCCUCCGCCGCCGCCCUCUCGUGA